GCUCAUCUCAGUUUGUCAGCAUUCAGGACGGUGACUUGGUAAAUCACACAGUUACUGUACGAAUUGACAAAUCUGUGAUUGUGAAGGACUCGUUCGCUAUGGAUUCUUACUAUAAUCAGUCUUCAGACAACCCUCAUCACGAGUGGUCAUCGGUUGUUCUGACUUUGGACCCAAAUGUGGACGAACAAGAACUGAUUGAGUCAAUGAAACAGUUCAGCCAAAUCCACUCUUUGGAUUUUUCUUUUGAUGAAGACACUAAUUGCAGACACAUUUAUGUGACUUUUGAGCAUUCAGGACGGGACCAGCAACCAGAUCCUGUGGUCCCCACGAGCCGCUUUAUUGAGCUGAAGACACUGCUCGUGAGCAAUCUGCACCCAAUGGUCACCGAACAACAGCUUAUUGAAAAGUUUGGUGCAUUGGGGUCCAUCUCGACUGUGCAAGUGUGCAGAAACAACAUCAUCUCUCCUGCUUAUGCCUUUGUGACUUUCCAUCAUCGACGUGAUGCAGUGCGAGCACAAAAAGCUCUGAACUUCACUGAUUUACUGAAUAAACCUCUGAUCAUCAUGUGGGGCCCAGACAAGACAAUUGAGGUCCUCUCAGAUAAUGACAGCAGCUCUCCAAGACAAACAGAAGAGAGAGAGACAGCUGGAGAAACAGAGGAGAGAAAGACCAGUGGAGAAACAGAGAGAGAGGCCGCUGGAGAUACAGAGGAGAGAAAAACCAGUGGAGAAACAGAGAGAGAGGCUGCUGGAGAUACAGAGGAGAGAAAAACCAGUGGAGAAACAGAGAGAGAGGCCGCUGGAGAUACAGAGGAGAGAAAGACCAGUGGAGAAACAGAGAGAGAGGCCGCUGGAGAUACAGAGGAGAGAAAGACCAGUGGAGAAACAGAGAGAGAGGCCGCUGGAGAUACAGAGGAGAGAGCGAACAACGAGUCUUCAUGGGGAAGAAGGAUCUCCAACAAUGUGAAAAGUGCUGUGAAAGCUGCGGUGAGCAGUCCAGCAGCCUGGGUCGGAGUCGGCAUAGGUGUCUGUGCUGCUUAUGCCUACUUCAGGAGCAGGAGCUAGUGUGGACACUUUCUAAAAGACGAGAAGGCCUGCCUCUCGAUCUCCACUCAUCAUCCCCAGAGUGACCAAUCACUGCUCCAGAAAGACCUUGAUUUCCCCAGCAGGCCAAACACUUGCAAUAAAUGUGAAUUGAAUAAACUGUCUUGUGUGUGUCUCAUUCAGCAUUAAAGCUCAGCCUUGUAAUUUAUAUUCAUCCAAGAGAAGCAUAAUAGCACUUUGUUCCAGACACAGAAGUAAACAAUAGGAUUAUCUUCACAUCUAUUGAUGUGUUAGACAAUAACUUAUAGACCGUUUGAGAAGAAGGACUGCAUCAAAGAACAAUCAAAUGUAGAAUUGCAAAUCAGGAUUUCAAUUAUAA